GCCCGCAGACACACCCACCCACAAUUCCAGCCACGACGACCACCAAUACCCGCCAGAAAUUCUGCUCUAGCUUGAACGGAGGGCAUCUGACAUACCCUGCGCCCAAGCCGCCAUAAAAGGCUCCCUCGGACAUCGCCAAAACGCUCGCAGCGGCGGGCACACUGACUUGAGGAAUUCCCUUUCCAGGGCAAGUUCUCGCCCGAGUCACAGCAAUCACACCGUACUUGCGUAGCCCUUUCCCCGUUCAUAUCAACCCAAAAUGUCGCUCGAAGGCACCCCGUUCAUCCCACCGAUCUCCCCUCCCCAAGACCCGCGCACUCCGGGUCAAGUCCGUCCUCCCGUCCUCCCCUCUCCCGCGCAGCUCAGCGACGCCCCGCUUCCAGGCUGGGCCAACGCCCCCCAAUCUCCUGCCAACUACCCGCAGUUCUACCCAGGUCUGGCGUCGCCGUACGGGGCAACUCCAUACAUCCCGGCGGCCUACCCGCCCGCCGGGAUACCCCCUGGGUCGUAUUUCCCGCCGCCUGUCGCCCUCCCCCAACUCCAAGUCAAUGGGCGUUCCCCCGCCGCCCAUCCUGGUGGGCUGCCUCCCGAUUACUAUGCGUAUGCAGCAGCGCAAGCUCAGGCGGCGGCCGCGGCGGCAUAUGGGUUCCCUGGGCAUCCCGGCACAGGUUACGUACCCUUCCAGACACCGCUGCCCCCCGUAGGCUACGGGUUACCGCCGCCGGGCCCGCCGCCGCCUGGGUGGGGCGCGCCGCCGGCAGCGUCGCCUUUCUCACCUGGGUGGGGCCCGCUUCCCGGCGCACCCCCGCCACCGGCACCCCCGGCCCAGCCUGCUGCCCCUGCCGAAGCACCCCCGAGCCACGUGAUGGAGGAUCGUCUGCUGCCCAAGGAUGGGAGCACCCUGAUUUCCCGCUUCGCUGUCGGAAGGCACUACGGGCCGAUCCUCACGCCCUUCAUCGCGCGAGUUGUCGAAGCCCGCAUCGAGCUCAACCCCAUCCUGCUCCCGCCAGGGGACGAUGCCGAGGACUAUCUCACCUGGAACAUGCUCUUCGACUCUGCGUACUGUCAACGCCGCAGUGAGCCUACCGGCCGCUCGUGGCUCAAAGGGCGGGACCACCCCGCGACCAUCCCGCGCCUUACCUCGAUACGCCUCAUCCUGCAAGGUUUACCGUGGGUUAUCACCAUCGACGCCACCGACGACUCGACAGGGGUCACGUGUGGCGAGAUCAUCGACAAGCUCAGCGACUUCCUGCACAAGGCCGUCUCCAAGUCUGACCACGACAAGCUCACGAAGGAGCAACAACAAGCGCACCUCAAGACGUAUUACCACAACCGUUCCGCAUCGGACGGCGUUCCCGGGGGCCGGCUCGGCCGCCCAAUGAUGCGCCUCGACUGGCUCGGCGACAAGACGAUGUUCGGCGGCAUCGCGAUCGACGACGAGUACGUGAAACAGGUAUGCGGCGACGUCCUCCCGUGCACAUUCGUGGUGCGCUGCGAGAAACGCUUUAUGAUGACCGAGGAGGAGAGGAGGGAGCACGAUCAUUUGGAGACCCUCAUUGAGCAUGAGAGGCCGCGGUCCGCCGCCAGCAGACCACGAUCUAGGGCGACGAGCACUCAUAGCAGGGAGUGAUUGCUCGUGUCUCAGGCUGUCUCCAAAAUGAUUGGCCGGCGCUGCUCGCGCCCAUACCCCUCUUGCUCUAUCAUAUACCAUUCGGCCUUAUGACCGGCUGAUCGUCGUUGCCGAACUGAACGACUUUUCCAUAACUGUAUGACAUGGCUCUGCAUGCUCAUCUCAUCUCUUGAAUAUGUUGUACCUAAAUAUCUCGUUGUCUGUUCUGUCGUGUGUUAUCCUAGAGUAUCUUCAGC